UAUUCACUUCCUGGAUGUGCUCUGUUGCCAACACCGGUGCACAAUGAAAAUGCUCCCUUUACUGAUUUUAUUGUCAACGGUCCUGUCAGCUGGCAGUAUUAACAUCGACGAUAACGCAGGGCGAUUCUUCAGCAGUGGUCAUACUAACAACUGGGCUGUACUGGUGUGUACAUCCAGGUUCUGGUUCAACUACCGUCAUGUGGCUAAUACUCUGUCCGUAUACAGAAGUGUCAAGAGGCUGGGCAUCCCUGACAGCCACAUAGUGCUGAUGCUUGCUGAUGACAUGGCAUGUAACCACAGAAACCCCAAACCUGCCACAGUUUUUAGCCACAAGAACAUGGAGCUAAAUGUUUAUGGUGAUGAUGUGGAGGUGGACUACAGAGGAUAUGAGGUAACAGUGGAGAACUUCCUGCGAGUUUUGACUGGAAGGCUUCCACCAAGUACUCCACGAUCCAAACGUCUUCUCUCUGAUGACAGGAGCAACAUUCUUAUAUACUUGACAGGUCAUGGCGGGAAUGGUUUUCUGAAGUUCCAGGACUCUGAGGAGAUCAGUAAUGUUGAACUGGCUGAUGCAUUUGAGCAAAUGUGGCAGAAAAGAAGAUACAAUGAGCUGCUCUUCAUCAUUGACACAUGCCAGGGCGCCUCCAUGUACGAGAGAUUCUACUCUCCAAAUCUUAUGGCUUUGGCCAGCAGUCAAGUUGGAGAGGACUCCCUCUCGCACCAGCCAGAUUUGGCCAUAGGGGUCCAUCUGAUGGACCGUUACACAUUCUACCUGCUGGAAUUCCUGGAAGACAUCCAUCCUGCGAGUAAAACCAACAUGAAUGACCUGUUCAAGGUGUGUCCCAAAAGUCAAUGUGUGUCCACUCCAGGCCACCGUACCGACCUGUUCCAGAGGGACCCGGGAAGUGUCCUGGUCACGGAUUUCUUUGGUAGCGUUCGCAAAGUGGAGAUCACCAUGGAAACCAUCAACAUGACUAUUCCCAUCGUGCACUCGGAUGAUAAUGUUGCAAAUGGAGAGCUGCAAAAAGAAACUUACUCAUACUCAGACCAGCUGCCGGUGUCUGAAAUCAUCCAUCAGAAACCAAAGCAGAAAGACUGGCACCCUCCUGAUGGCUUCAUCCUGGGCCUGUGGACUCUAAUCCUCCUGGUGUUUUUCAAGACGUACGGCAUCAAACACCUCAAACACAUCUUCUGAGGCCUUUUAAGGCAUUUACGCUGCUGGAAAUCUGAAGACAUGACGCUGCAGACCAGGAGCUGUUGCUAGAGGGAAGGAAGGUUCGGUUUGUGACAGGCUUGUUUACCAGAAAAUGGAAUGAAGAAGUGUAGCACCACAACUGCCUGUGCUGAUACUGUGUGAUGCAGGUUGUGGCACUUUUUUCUUCACGAUGAUAACUCUCCACUGAUGUAUGAAAAUGAAGUAUUUCAGAAGUGAGAAGGGAAAAAAAAACAGGCUCCAGCAAUUAAAAAUGGUGCAUCAAAAAUGACCCCCCCCUCCCCCCCCAUGUGCAUGGGCACACCACUCGUGCUAUUUUAAACUGAUUUAUGAACUGCUUCUUUUUUUUUUACCAUAUUUAUUUUUUGUGAAGCCAUUCUAUAAUUGCAUUGAUUUAGUUAUAAAUGUGCUGAAUUGAGUCUGGGAUAAGAAUUUAAUUUAUCUUCUGGAGUGCGUUGCUCUGCAUACCUCAGCAGCAGCAGCAGGAAGAGGAGGAGGAAUGUUUUUAAGUGCUACUCGGAAUGUAUGCGCUUGGUCACAAAGGGGAAAACGUGGGAUGAUUGCAGGCUGAUUGGCUGUGAGAGGGCUGUGGAGAGAUUACCGUUUAAUGUGUCCACCGUCCAUAUACAUUACACCCCUUGACCGUCAUAUCGCGCUUGUGAAGGAUAACAAUCGCACAUAAUCCCAUCUCACAUGAUGGACCCAUCCACUUUCCCAUUCACCAGAUUGCCCUCCCUGUGGAAACGUCCAUUAGCUCUCCAGCCUUGCGCUCAGCUGAUUGUGUUGUGGGUAAUGGACAGCUAUUUCCUCGGCCAUUCUUCGCCUCGCACUACAGCCGCGAUAAGUGACUGAUAACCUAGUAAGCCAGUGGCCGCCCGAAAUGAAUCUCCUCUAUGCCUCGACAUGUUUUCCACCUUUUUUCUUUAGCCUUUCUCUCCGUGUGUAACCAGUGUAUCAGGCACAUUGUUGGAGGCCUGACUGACGCUUAAAGAAUAUAGAUUGAACCAGUGGUAGUUUGUGUUCUCUCUGGCGUUAGGGUCUGCCCAUCGGGUGCCUGCGGCCACUUACCCUCACGGCUUAAAUGGAAAAUAGAUGGAGUUUAAAAUGAAUCCAUAUGUAUCAUAGGCAGCUGCUGCGUCAGCCAACACAGUCCUUUUCCUGUACAUUAUUUAUGGAACACUUUCAUCUUUCUUUUCUUUCCCUCUUUGUGUCUUAUUUCCUGUCAUCUCAUUCCCCAUGCUCCGCUUUCAGGGACCGCGAACACAUUUUAUUUCUGCUAUUGGAAGGGUUGUGAUAUUCUGAUUAAAGGUUAAAUGUGGAAUCUAA